CUGGCCGAUCGCACGAGGAGCAUGGGGCACGUCUGGACAGCCUCUCGGCGCUUUUGAAGGACCCGACCCGUCACUUGUACUGUGUAGUGGACCAUUGCUUGGAGCCAACCAGCCAGAAACACUGCAUGACUUGGUUGAAAGCGUAGGCAGUCCAAUAGGAAGACUGAUGAGACUAACUACCCGUCCUUCGUGCCUGGCGCUACGUGCUGCUAAGUGGCUAGUUGGACGUGCGAGGGUGCCGUACACGGCAUGGGUGAGCGCCGCAGCUGGGCCGGCGUGCGUGGACAGGAUCUCGUUGUGGUAAGAAGGGUGCGCGUCGGUAACGUGUCGCAGGCUGGAAUAGCUCCGGCGCGGGGCGGUGGGCGAGCCGUGUGUGUAUAGUAUGUAGAGGGGGCCGCUCGAGCUCGCACGAGAAUCAAUUGCUUCUGAAUCGACGAUUGGGUUUUGUUUACACAGAACUAUCACGGACACGAAUACGCAAUAUGACGGACUUCCAGAUCACAGACGCCGACCUGGCGAAGGGCAAGUUUGAGGGCAAGGUCGCUGUCGUCACGGGCGGCUCUUCAGGCAUCGGCCUCGCCACCCUCACGCUCCUGGCCUCCCUGGGCGCAACCGUAGUGACCGCCGACAUCAACCCCCCGCCCACAGCGCUCCCGCCGCGCUGCACCUACACGCCCACCGACGUAACGCAGUGGAGCUCACUCACGGCGCUGUUCAAGUCGGCAGUCGCGGAGCAUGGCCGCAUCGACUACGUGUUCGCGAACGCGGGCAUCGGGCCGCGGGCGAACUACGUCGCGCUCGAGACAGACGCGCAGGGCGAGCUGGUGCGGCCGGCGAGCGCGACGCUGGAUGUCAAUCUGGGGAGUGUGAUGGAGACGGCGAGUUUGGCGGUGCACUACAUGAAGACGCAGGAGAGCGGAGGGAGUCUGGUAUUGAUGGGAUCGAGUACGAGCCUGCACGGGGUGCGGGCUAUUGACUACGCGACGGCCAAGUCAGGCGUCCUCGGUUUUGGCCGUGGCCUCGCGGUCGUCCUCGAAGCAGCCAAGUUGCCGGUGCGGCUCAAUAUGCUCGCGCCCAGCUGGACGGUGACACAGGUGCUCCCCGAUCUGGGCAACCUCCUCAAGGCGGUCGACUACGAGGCGCAGAGCGCCGAGGCGGUGGCGCGCGCGGCGGUGUAUCUGCUCGGGGACGGGGAGAGGCACGGGGACGUGGUGUUUGUGGGGCAUGGCAAGUACCGCGAGAUUGAGAAGGCGAUUAUGAGACCGGCGUACCUGGCGGUCAAGGGCGAUGGGCCAAGUGACGACGAGGUUCUGGCGAAGAUUCUGGCGUUGGAGGGGUAGGGAGUCUGAAGCUAGUUAUAUGGCAGCAGUGUCUGGUUAGCGUGUGAGUGUCGAUGGUUGAAGUGCGUGUGUCAAGUCGAAUAGCGGUCGUUUCUGUG